AUGGCCGCAGCUGUGGCCUUGUUAUGGACGGAAACUGGCGGUCGGUUCGGGAAUGCGAAUGGUAUGAAACGAAACGAAGCGAAGGCGAUCGCGUCACUGAGACUUGGUGAAAGUCGGUGGGAUCCUGAUGCACAGCGAUUCUUGACAAUUACGCCGCUCGCUCAAGUUGUUGCCUUUACUAACAAUCCGUCAACCGUUCCAGACGACGGCUGGCUCCGAACAUUGGACGGGGGCCUCUUCCUAUGGAUCCCUCCUAAACAUCGACGUAGCUUAUGUAAUACAGGCCAAGUUCGCGUUCCCAACGAGAAUGGACAGCUCAUGACGGUUGACCGGAGAAAGUUGCAUCAUGGGAAGAACUGGACAAGUAUCAUGCGUGGUGAAGGGGUAGAAAAUGGCUGA